GAGAUAUUCGGGCUCUUGUUUCGACGAUUGAAAUCUGUAGGAUUCGGAAGGUCCCCCGACAUUGGGUGUCUCCGACACAUUGGUUGGCAUGGAAGGCUUGUAUUCCGGAGUUUUUUUUUGUUCCUUUUAAUUAGUUUGUGUUUUAGCUUUUCUUUGCUUGUUCCUCACUAUUAAAAAUUUAAAAAAAAUUUAAAAAAUGUUUCUUAGCUCGAGAAACCCGUAUUUUCUUCCGAUUUUACCCCAAAAUAUUACAGUGCUCCCGUACGACUUUGCCACCUUAUUUCACUUUUAACCUCUCACGAGUUUUUCAUUUUAACGCUGCACCAGUCUCUCUCUCUCCUCUACUAAAGCUUCUCUGACUUCUCCAUUGAAGCAGCUUCAAGCUGAGAGAUCCACAAAGAAGUUCCAUUUGUGAUUGGGAAAGAAAUGGUCUGCAGUGAGCAAGUACCUUUCAGUGGUGCUGACUUCUACAAUGGGAAUCUUUUACCCUUUCCUCCUGCAGAUCAGACCAGCGCUAUGAUGGACAGCCAAUUCUGGUAUAGAGACACAAUUCUAGCUGCUAAUGGAUUCUCUCAGGUCCCGAUGAACACAAUAUAUAAUGCUACUGAUGUCACACAUUCUGAUGCAUUGGCUGGUCUCACCCAUAUUCCUCUGAGUACUGAUCCUUUUAUCGAUCAUUCGGAAGCGCAAAACUAUGACAUUUCAGCUCUAAGAUCAAGCAUUCCAUUCUAUGGGCCACAAGAGAGCAGCGGACAUGGGGGACUAGACAAUUUUGUGCAGUUAAAUCAAUGGAUGCCCAAGGAAGAACCUAUAUCAUAUAUGGAUAUGGAAUGGCAACAAGUUGAGAGUCCUGUGUUUCCAGUACAAGCAGGAAACGUAAAUGACACCCAUGAAUUUCUGUCAAAUGUGAAAGUUGAGGCAGAUACAUCUGAUGUAGCCCCAGUAACAUUGAGAAGUGUGUCCAGAACAAACAGAGAACGAUCAAAAGAAGCUGAAACUCGUCGUAGACUCAUUAUCAGUCAAAGGGUGCAAGAUUUGCAUGAUCUCCUUCCUGCAACCUUCAAGGAUAAACGAGGUAACCAAGAGUCUGUUGUGAAUGAUGUCAUUGGUCAUAUCAAGUAUUUGCAGCUUCAACUCAAGGAAUUGAGCAGAAGCAGACUGGGAGGUGAUUCAAGCUCUGGUCCAUUGAAAUUUGAUGAGGGUUAUGGACACUACCAAUCACAUGAACAAAUGUUUGGUGAGUCUCUUGAAGAAAUUCUUGGAAGCUUAUUAGAGGAGAAUCCAGUAGCAGCACAUAAUCUUUUCGAGAGUAAAGGUCUCUGUAUGGUUCCCAUGGCUUCCACUGAUGCAUUAUUAUGCAACAUAAAGUAGAUUUUGUAAGUCAUGCUCGAGCUAUCUAGAAAUUCUUGUUGCAUAUGCUAAGAAACUUGUGCAUAUAAUAACACUUUUCCCCAACUACUCAAAACCUAUUAACUGUAGGAAACUUCUGGUCAUGGUAUUGCUUUCUUAGAAAGGCAAAUGGCAUGUAAUUAACUUUACUCGCGUUUGGUUGAACCCAAAUUUUAGACAUAUGGAAGAAAAUAGGUUUUCAGUAUACUUCCAUAUUAGUUAUGCUGUAAGUAGCUAUGGACAUGAUUUCUCUGUUCGAAGUAACAUUCUUUUUAUAUCCAAAUGACUUGAUACUUGAGAACUAAUUUUGCUUGUUUGCAAAAAAUUGUUAUUGAAUCUUAUGAGAAUCAAAGUGAUACUUUAUUUUGCUACUAA